AGGAGCGAGGGCGGGGACGCGAGCCUCAGAUACCGUUAGCUGAACAUUCCUCUGACAUGUUCCCCAAGUUCCACGUAGUAACCUCAUAGUAACCAUUUAAAGUCCCCAAAGUCUAAUUAGUAACGCAAUUAACCGCGGCCGUAUAUACAGUAACGACAUCUCGAACCAUUACUCAAACAGUAAUGCUGCUGACAGGUUGUCUUAUAAACUGCAAUGUAAUGUCGACGAACAAAAUCAAACGUAGGAAAAAAACAAUGCAAUUGAGUUAAUUUGCAUACGUUUGUAACAGCUUUUCACUUUAUAACUUUACAUUAUCUUCAGCAAACGACCGAAACGUAUAUUACGUUCACCGCCGGCAAAUAUAAACGGGCUUAGGGCGACAUCUGGAGUAUUCCUCCUACAAUUGAAACCAAUGCAGGUAAUGCCAGCAGAAAAUACAUUUAGGACGGUCAAAUAAGUGACGUUUAAUAGCAAAAUGUUUGAUAGAUACUGGCAAAUAAUCGAAAUCUGACGAAAUAAAACCGCUACAUACCCACGAGGGACUAGUUGCGUUGUCAGUCUCUGUCAGUCACAUGGCUGUUGUUUGUGGGAGUUUACCGCAAUGGGUAAGCGGUUCUGAUUGGCUAAUUUCUCGUGGGAGUCCUGUCAAUCCACUUGUCGAAGGGGUAGAGGUCAGUUUUGCGUGAUAUGCUAAACGUUAAAUAUAACGAAAGUAAAUUAUUGUAUUCCUCGCUGAAUCUCGAUUCAUGCACGGCUAAAACAGAAGCAUGAAUUCUACGGUUUCUCCGACUAUCGGAGCGUUGUUUGUCACUCUGGGUGAGAUGGGAUUCACCAAGGAUCAGAUCCAGUCGGCAGUGCAGGCGGGGCAUUUCUCCGUUGCGGAUGCUGCAGAGUGGCUCUUGCAGGGACAGAAUGUGCGACACAAAUUGAUGAAGCGGCCGUCGGAGCCUGCUGAAUCAGCGUUCUCUGCCUUCAACCCUCCCAAGGACCAGGGAGGGCCCGGGUCACACGGAGGGUCAGCUGACAGCGGAGCAUCUCGCUCCCUGACCCUGGGCUCUCCUUCCCCCCCCGGUGUGUCCUCCCCUGACCCCCUGCCUCCCCUGGAGUCCCGGAUCAAGCCCUCCCUGGGAGACUUUGAGGAGCAGCAGAUGCAGCGCCUCGCCCAGGAGGCCCGGUCCGAGAGACGGCAGAAGAAACAGGAGCGUGAGCUGGUGUUGAAGCGAAUUGCAGAGGACCGCAAGAGUCAGCAGGAGAAGAAAAAGACCGCGUCAUCAGCCGAGGAGUCCCAGACCACCAAGACCCCCCCAGAACAGAAGCUAGGGGGAGCCCUCCAGACCAACGUGGACAACAACUGUAUCCUCAUGAUCCGCCUACCCUCGGGCGAAUCCAUGCGAGAGCGUUUCCAUGCCGACGCCCCCCUGCGGAGCGUGGUGGAGCACAUAUCGGAGCGCCACCCGUCCCUUCCCGCCUUCUCCCUCCUCCAGGGGUUCCCACGGAAACGCUUCGGGGAGGCGGAGCUGGCGUGCUCCCUGCGCUCCCUGGGCCUCACACCCAACACGGCCCUCUGCCUCCAGACCACGGCCCCGGAGGCGGCCCCCCGCGACCCGCCCCCCCUCCCCCCGCCCGUCCUCCCCCCUGCCGCCCUCUCCCGGCCCGCUCUCUCCCCGCUUGGGCCCAAGGAGGACCAGGAGUGCAGCGCUGCACCUCCUUCUGCUGCUGCUGCUGCUGCUGCUGCUGCUGCUCCUCAUGUCCCAGACCAGAUGGAGGAGGCAGAGAUGGAGCUGGAAGGCCCGCCUCCGGCGUUACCCCACCUACAGUGGGAGGAGGCGGUGGCCUAUGCCGGCGUCCCUGGAGCCCCGGCCCCUUUCUCUGGCCCCUCCCACAUCUGGGGGCGGGGUCAGAAGCUCGAAGCCGGAGAGAUCGCCGCAGAGGAAGAGGAGGGAGAUGAAGAGCUGGAGGCUGACCAAGAAGAAGAGCCACCUUUCCCGCCUAAUGGGAUGCCCAGGCUGCCCUUCCUCCCAGACAACAGGCUCCGUGGUGGGGUGGAGCCCCGCCACCAGUGGCCCGAGCAGGGCAACAGACUCCAGGAGGGCGUGGUGGAGGAGGUCAUGGUUCCAGAGGAGGCGGGGGCGCGUGCAGGGCCGGGGGCCGCAGGCCUGGCCGCCGUGGAGCGCCUCCAGAGGGUGCCUCACCAGGACGACCAUCCAGCCCACCAGGGCCUCCCCUCCCCGCCCAAGAGGGCCUACCGAGCCCCCAGUGUCACGUCGCUGUGCAGCAUGGCCACGCGUGCCACCGCACAGCUCAUGGCCGCGCCCAGCAUGCAGUACAGCAGCAGCCUGGCGUGUCUGACCCCGGAGCUCGCCGAGCUGCUGCUCUGCCACAUGGCCCGGGAGCGCCUGCUGCGGCCGCGCACCCUGGAGCUCUUCUUCGGCUGCCCGCUGCAGAAGUUUGUCCUCAACAGCUACCCUUACUCCACCAACGACCUGCUGAGGCAGCUCAGGGCCUUCCAUGCCCUCAAGCACCUGAGCCUGGUCAACUCCCCCCUCAUUACAGACUCCGGCCUGUCUGUGCUGUCAAGUCUCGUCAAACUGCAGCACCUCAACCUGUCUUCCUGUGGGAAGCUCACUGACUCCUGUCUGCAGUACAUCACAGGCCUGAAGAGCCUGACCUUCCUGUCCCUGGACCAAACCAAGGUGAGCGACGCGGGGAUGCUGCCCUACCUCGCCUCGGCUCCUGCCAGCCUAUCACAGCUCAGCCUGAACAACACGGCAGUCACCGAGGCAACGCUGGCCGCGCUGCCCUCCUCGACGCCACACCUACGCUUCCUCAGCAUCAAGCAGACCAAGGUGAGCGACGUGUCUGCGCUGACAGACCUGCUGCACCUGCAGACACUGUACCUGGACGGGACCGGUGUGACGGAGCACUCCCUGGAGCCGCUGGCCCGACACCCCUCCCUGGCCGCCCUCAGCGUGGCCGGGAUCCCCGUCCAGGACCCCGACCACGCCCUCCACCUCAUCUCAGGUCUGAGGCUGAGCCAGCUCACCCUGCCCGGACGCCACUCUGUGACGGACAGAGGGCUGUCCUUCCUCGCCAGACUCACCCUGCUGACGGAGCUGGACCUCACAGACUACACCAAGGUCACAGACCAGGGAGUCAGCGAGCUGGCGACCAUGACCAGCCUGAAGAAGCUGUCUCUUAGCAACACGGGGCUGACGGACGCCGGCCUGGCCCCCCUGCGGGGCCUCAGGGAGCUCCAGGAGCUGUGUCUGGACCGCACGGCCGUCACCAGCCGGGGCGUCGCCGCACUCAUCACCUGCCUGCCCCACCUCCAGGUGUUGGGGUUGGCCUGCACACGUGUGGGCGACUCGGUGGUGCGGAGGGGUCUGGUUGGCUGCAGCCAGCUGACCAAACUCAACCUCAGCCGGACACGCAUCACAGACCGUGGUCUGAAGCUCCUCAGACACAUGCACCUGGCACAGGUGAACCUGGACGGCACCGGCGUGACCAUGUCCGGCAUCCAAUCACUGAAAAACAUCAGCAGCGUCCGCGCCAGCAACACGCGCGCUAUCGCCCCCGACGACGUCUCCGACGACGACCAAUCCCAGUGAGGGCCAUGGGGCGUCAGUCCUGGCUCUCAUUGGUCAGAUGAACCCUACUGCACCACAUAUUUAAAUGCAAACGUUAAAGGAACCCUUUGAAGGUUGAGACCGGCGUUCUGUAAAUUCUUAUCAACUUAACGAGAUGACCACAACCAAUCACUUAUCGGCGGACUAAUUCGCUUUGGUGAUUAAUUAGGCUAAUGAGUAAGCAGGGGACUUGACUUGCUUUUAAAUAGUUAUGCAAUUAAAGAAUGUAUUGUGAUCCGUAAAAGGAUUCCUCUAGCAUAUUUUGCAACAGUACAAAGUCUAGACCAGGAAGGUUCUUAUCUGCUGCUGGAGGACAAGGAGCAGGAACAACUGGUUACGUCAAGUAUAAAAUAGAUCCUCUGGUGUUAAGACUUUAGAACUGCACUGUAUAAGCAGCAGCCUGGCUCCAACCCUUGGCCAUGAGGAGUACUGCGCUUGAAUCGAAGACGGGGCAGUUUAAAAUGUACUCCACAUGCGUGUUACAACUUCCCAUAUUUAACCCCUCCCGUCUGCAGCUUAAGGGUAUAGAAACAGAUGGGGCAUCAUCUGUCCAUACACCUAGUCUGAAUAACCGGUAUACAUGUAGUCAGAACGCCUAGACAAAACAGCAACCUAGUAUUACAAAGCACCAAAUUAAAACAUGUCUUCAAUACUUAUUUUCUCCUUUCUAAUGUUUACAACAGCUUAUAUCAAAGCAGAUGACAUGUUUGGGAGGUAAAUGAAUGUUAAUCUGAAAUGAAUAGCGAUGAGGUUAGCAGUACACAUGUACACCCCCAGAGCAAAAACUCACAACCAACAUUUUUAAUGUUGUUUACAGAAUUGUUGUAAACUAUACUUUAUUUUCAGAAAAUGGUUAUUUUUGGAUGCGACCACUGUUUGGGUACACUUACAAAUAGAGCAUAAUGUGGAAUGAAUAAAGUCUGCAUUUAAAUCGGAUGUGUUGAUUCAAGAAUCCAUUAACUGAACAUAGUGUCCAAUUGCAAAUUCUGUUACGUUUUUAUUUCAGACAAACCUUUAUUGCAUCAUUUACAAUGUUAAAUAAGGCCGUUUCAUCAGAGAAACUGCCGUUUCAUCGAAGAAAAAAUAAUAAAAAGAAGACUUUUAAAUAUCAUUAAAUGACCUUAAAGCCACUCCAUACUUCAGGGAAAACCAAUCAUUUUCUAUGAGGACAGCACAAUGGAAUGUGUUCCAAAAUGCACUGCGAUGCUUCUGGUGAACCAGAACCAUAGUGCAGCUUGAGGUGUGGAAGUCCCAUGUCGAACUGAAAGGGUAAUAUUAGGAUGUAUGACAGACGUGCCCGUGAUCACGAUGCUUCUUUUACAGUACUGAAACAUCGACCCGGCCCAGCACAGGCGCAGCACCGCCCACCCAUGAUGCACCACGGGUGGGCGAGGCUAGUGGAUAUGAUGGUGGUGUUGUGGGGGACGGAGACGUGUUAGAUAUCAUGCUGUUGCUUCUCAAUAUUGGACUUGAGGUGCUCCUUGUAGGCCAGAAUGUCCCUGUUCCACUUGGUGAUGGUCUGCUUCUCACACACCCAGAUCUCCUGAGCCACCUAGACAGGAAGAUACAAAACAAUUAACCCCUUUACUUAGAGAAACGCAGCCAAACAACUUUGUUUCAAGACUUGACGAAGCAGAGCAAAAAUGUAUUAAUUUCUGGUUUAAUUAACUGACCGGGUAUACAUCUUGUCCAACAAUUUUAGGCUAGGUCAUAUAGUUUUAAACCAGAAGCCGACAGCAUUGGCUUCUGUUGCAGUACAUCACAACCAAAGUUAGUUGUGUAAUUUAACCAUUAGUACACCCCUCAUUGUUGCGAAAUGUAAAACGGUAUGCGAGGAUGUUCUUCCUAUUGUGACUCAGUUUAUUAACGGUGAGUCAGUUAAAUUAACAGGAAAGACUGAGUCAUAGGGGGCAGUCAGCAAGUUACUGACGUCACACUCAAACUUAACCAUCUCUACCCUUACCACCCCUAACCUAAACCAAAUCUAACCCAUUAGCUGAACUUACACAUCACUAAACUAAUGGUUAG